GCAGGGAUCUCAGAGCCGCAGCUUCCAAACUGUGGGCGUUUUUCCCUCAAUCUUGACUCCAGAGUUUUUUUUUUUCCUGGGUGUUGCCUGCCUGAUUUACGACUCUGGAGUUUCACCGGGGUGGUGCGGAGAAAAACAAGGGUCAAACCGGAUUCAUAACGACAGUAUUUAAAAGUUUUUGUUUACGGUGUACCACUUUUCAGGCCACACAACCGCCGGUUUAUUUUAGCCGCUGUUAGCUUGCUAAGCUAACCGAGCUCGAGCCGCUGUAACGUUGGCUGUAUCGCCAGCGCGCGCGAGAGAGAAGCCGUCCGAUGCAGGCCAUUAAGUGUGUGGUAGUGGGGGACGGGGCUGUGGGUAAAACAUGCCUCCUCAUCAGCUACACUACCAAUGCCUUCCCUGGAGAGUACAUCCCCACAGUCUUUGACAACUACUCUGCCAAUGUGAUGGUUGAUGGGAAACCAGUGAACCUGGGUCUGUGGGAUACAGCAGGACAGGAGGACUACGACAGGCUUAGGCCACUGUCCUACCCACAGACAGACGUGUUCCUGAUUUGCUUUUCACUUGUCAGUCCAGCCUCCUUUGAGAACGUCCGUGCCAAGUGGUAUCCUGAGGUGAGACACCACUGCCCCAACACACCCAUCAUCCUGGUGGGCACCAAACUGGACUUGAGAGAUGACAAGGACACCAUCGAAAAGCUCAAGGAAAAGAAACUCUCCCCCAUCAUCUACCCCCAGGGCCUGGCCAUGGCUAAAGAAAUAAGUGCCGUGAAGUAUUUGGAGUGCUCAGCUUUGACGCAGCGCGGCCUUAAGACGGUGUUUGAUGAAGCCAUCAGGGCGGUCCUGUGCCCCCCGCCCAUCAAGAAGAGGAAAAGGAAGUGCAAAAUAUUGUAACGGAGAACCGCAGGGAGCAGAAACACACGGUUGCAGUCAGAACUCGCCUACACAGAGGGAAGAAGAUGAUGUCUGGGUUCCCCAAAUAUCUAUUCACCCCCUCCUGUGUUCUUGCUUUCAUAGAAGCUGUGGUAGAUCAGAUUUCCAUCUGAAAGAACUUCACAGAUUUAAGCAGUGCUGAAGGUUUUCAGUCAGGUCCAGCUUGUGGUUUCUUACAUCUGUUUAGUCCUUUCAGUAUUGAUAGGAAUGAAGUGACUUUGCUAAGGCCUUGGGGAAUGUGAGGGGUUGAUUUGGGAUCUGGGGUUGAUUAAGGAGAAAGAGGGAGGAUUUUACAAAAAAAAAAAAACACACAUUCAUGUCAUUUUUCUCAGACAUUGUGAAGAAACACUACUUGAACAUGAAUUUAUCGUAAAAUUACCAUAGAUUUAACUUUAAUAAAAAAGGAGGUCCUGCACUGCGCUCUUUCCCCUACACACUAAGAGAUUCCUGCUGCCUUGAUGAAAUUUUACUUUAAGAUAAAAUGUUUUUUUAGAAGCUCUAAUUUGUCCUUUUUUCAUUCAGUCUUUUGUCAGCCGUUGGUUGACAGACCGUUUUGUUUACAUGUGUCAUCUGACGAGACUGAGGCGCUGCCAAAACUCAACGGUCAUCGCUUUGUAGUCACUCCAUGAUCACUAAAAUGUAGGAUUUUUUUCUUCCUUUUUUCCACCGGUGCAGUUAUGAAGAAGUGAUUUAACCCUAAAAUUACUUAAUGUAAUGUGUUGUAGCAGCUGCUUAGUGAAGUAAUAAUUACUCUCUACAUUGAGCGAGCAUUUAAAACACAGUCUGAUAGAUAAUGAACAGGUAGUUAUCUUGUGUUGUUCGUGAAAGCUUUAUAGGUAAAUCCAUUGCUCUCUAUGUGUUAAAUGAAUACACACAGUGUUUUAUGACUGACUGUCAGGCAUGUGAAGGUGCAGUGCAGCCACAGUUGUGCUGGCUCAUUCUUUUAUUUAUCUGUAAAGUUAUAAUCAUCACUUCAAGUUUUCACCAAAUUCUUGUUCAGAAAGUGCUUUGAAUAUUCAGGCUUUUUGUUCAGUAUGUAAUGCUCAUGUUGCCCUCAUAAUGGUGUGUGACCAUAUCUUUUUUGACCCCUGUGUUUUAUGAAGUCUUCGAGCCAGUGUAUCAGCACUCGUAACUCAUUGUACUUUCUUCGUUGUAAAAUAUGACCUUGAACAGUAACCGUUUAGCGGAUGCAUUUUAUUUUGAAAUGAGCAACGAUCAAAGUGCAUGGGUGCUCUGGGGAACCACUGUAAAUCUGGACUCAUUUUAUCAGUGUUUCAAUUGCACAGAGGGAGUGCACGUUUAGAUUUACUUUCUUGCUAAAUGUGGUUUCAUUUUCACAUAGUAAUAUGCUGAUUUUUUUUAAAGAGCAAAUAAAUUCAUUGAAAAUGC